AUUCAUGAUUCUGCUUGUGUUGUCUAUUGCAACACGAGCAAGAACUGGUUUUGCAAUUGACGUGGGAAUCACAAGUUCAUUGAUCUCAGGAGGGAGCGUCAUAUCAGGCAGCCGUGUGCCAGCCAGAGCAGCCUGAAGGACUUCCACUGGGACGGCUCCCAGGCGCUCAUCCUGGACCGCUGGGAGCAGGAGCAGCUCUGCACACGCCAGGCCACCGCCCAGCAGGUCCACACGCUGGAGGAACUCUGGAAGACCCAGGACAACAUCACGUUGAAAUGGGAUCUGGGGCUUAAAAAACGGAUUGCUUAUUUCUCCGUUCCCAAGACGGAUUCGGGUGACAUACGCUUGAUGCAGGGCGAUCUACUGAGGUACCAAGGGGACUCGACCACUAACUGGAAGGGGAAGGGACAUGUGAUUACAGUCCCUGACAACUCUGGGGAUGAGAUGGCCAUGGGAUCAGCGGGUGCUCCGGUGGAGGUGCCUCACGACCCUAACCCUGACUCCCAGCCGGACUCUCUGUGGACGCACAGCUCCCUGGAGACCCCUACGGUGGACGAGACCCCUGUGGUGGACGAGACCUCGGUGUCGGGCUACGUCUACCACCAGCUGCUGGGCCACAAGGGGGGAGACGUGGUCAUCAGGUGUCCGCUCCUCAAGCGCUUCACCGCCCCGGGCCUGCCCGGCCUCCACCAAUCCCAGGUGUAUGAGGCGUAGACCGUCCUACAGCGCCCCCUGAGUCUGAUCCAGGUACUACAGGCACCGUGCUCAACCACCUGGCCAGGCGGGGCAGCGGGUAACUCGCUGUGUCUGAGCUUGGCCCGGUGUGAUGAUGUUUGCUGUGAGCUGUGUGGCCCAAUAGGACAGGGCUUAGAGGGUGUUUGUCUGGAACAGGGGUUCCCAAACUCCUUUAACCCGAGACCCAAAAGAGAAAUUUGCUGUCUCCCCGGAACCCAAACGUACAAGAUGCAGCAUGAAUUGCCUGAGGACAUGGAGGCAUGUUUAGUGUGUGGUGGGUCUUCUGUCCACAGUGCACUGGAGCUCCAUAAACUGCAGCAGCUGAAGGAUGAGAGCAGGGAGCUGUCGUCCUCGGAUGAGGAGCGCUCCAGAGCUCUGAAAGGCUCCACCGACAGGGAGCUGCUCAUGAUAGCCUCUAUAAGAUGCUGUACGUCUGUGGGGGCCGGGGAUCCCCGUCUGACCAGGAUGCAGUUCGGCUCCGUCCUGAUUGACGAGACCUCCCCGGCCACAGAGCCAGAGUGCACGGUGCCCGCGGUCCAGGGGGACAGGCAGGUGAUCCUGGUGGGGGGCGACCACUGGGCUGGGCCCGUGGUGAGGCUGAAGGAGGCAGCCCAGGCGGGCCAGCCCCUGUGUGAGGGGCUGGUGGUGCUGGGCGUGCCGUGCACCACCCUCAGGGCCCCUGGCGCCUUCCCCUCCAGCGUCUCCAGCGAGGGCUCCCUGCAGAACGGCCUCCCGGCAGAGGACCGUGUGAAGGGCUUUGACUUCCAGUGGCUCAGGAACAUCCUACCUCAACUGGUUGUUCAGCCCUUUUGUUUGACCAAAGGAUUAUCUCUGGAGAUCAGCCUAGCUUUGGGAGAUAUUGAUGUUGACAGAGCUGGGAUAGAGGUAUGGGGGGGGGGGGGGGGGGCACCAGGCGGUCGUCAUAGAAACCGAGGAGGAGGAGGAGGGCAGCAUGGGAACCAGAUGAGCGGCAGCCAGGACCCCGGCUCCCAGCCCUACUCCCAGGGGCCCAUCCCCCAGGGUUACGUCAACAUGAGCCAGUUGAGGCAGCUGUCCCAGCCGGGCCUGUCCCAGCCCGAGGUUUCACAGGUCCGCUUCACACUCCCUGCCUGA